AUGUUUCCCUUCAAGGUGAGAAAAUGGAUGGGGCUUGCCUGCUUCCGCUCGCUGGUGGUCUCCUCCUCCAGCAUUCGCCGAAAGAAACUAAUCCACAAGCUCCAGGAAGAAAAGGCCUUCCGCGAGGAGAUGAGACACUUCCGGGAGAAGAUCGAAGACUUCCGGGAAGAGAUGUGGAAUUUCCGGAGCAAGAUGCGUGCCUUCCGCGGUGAGAUCUUGGGCUUUUGGGAAGAGGAUAGGCCUUUCUGGGAAGAGGAGAAAACCUUCUGGAAAGAGGAAAAAGCCUUCUGGGAAAUGGAAAAAUCUUUCCGGGAAGAAGAGAAGGCCUUUUGGAAAAAGUACCGAAUCUUCUGGAAGGAAGACAGGGCCUUCUGGAAGGAGGACAACGCCUUGUGGGAAAGAGACCGGAACCUCCUUCAGGAGGACAAGGCCUUGUGGGAGGAAGAAAAGGCCCUGUGGGUGGAGGAGAGAGCCCUUCUGGAGGAGGAGAAGGUCCUCUGGGAGGAUAAGAAGACCCUCUGGGAGGAGGAGAAUGCCCUCUGGGAGGAGGAGAAGGCCGCCUGGGUGGAAGGGGUUGUACCGGUUGUGGAGCAGCAGGUGCUGGAAGGCGGGCACCGCCACAUCAGUGGCAGGCCCCGGUCGCCAGCCUCCUCCCGGGGCAGGGCAUGA